AUGCUGCAUAUCGUCUUCCUACUCGCCGCCUUCGUCGGGUCGGCAUUCGCGUACAAUGACAACUGUAAAGGCAGUGGGCUCUGCGGUAAUUCAAUCAGAAGCGAUUGCGAGAAGGCUAUAGACAGCGUGGAUGCUAGUGCCACCUACACCGACCAAGCUCAGUUCUCGGUUGGCCAUUGCUAUAUGAUCUAUGCGACGAACGGCGCUGGGCCUCAGCCUGUCAGCGGCCAGACCAUCAUCGACACUGCUAAUGAAAUUCUAAUCACCUGCUCCGUUCAAUCGUGUGGUAGCAUCGGCACGAGCUACAACAAUGCCUGCCCCUCAUGCCACGUCACGUUGAACUACCGAUCGUAA